AUGCGGGGCUGCAGCUCCGGGAGGGAGGAGGGCAGGAGGCAGGAUGGCACCGCCGGGGGGCGGCGGACAUGUGCGGGAAGGGGACAGGGAUGGGGACAGGGACAGAGCUCCCGCAGCGGGGAUGCGGCGCUUCACCUGGGAGGAGAUCGGGCAGCGGAACGGGCGGGGGCCGGCGCCGCAGGAGCGCUGGCUGGUGAUCGACAGGAAGGUGUACGACAUCAGCCACUUCUACCGGAGACACCCGGGAGGGGCCCGGCUCCUCGUCAGCCACGCCGGGCAGGACGCCACGGAUGCCUUUGUGGCAUUCCAUGUUGACAGAGUGCUGGUGAGCAAGUACUUGAAGCCACUGCAGAUUGGGGAGCUGGCGCCAGACCAACCCAGUGUCGAGCCCACUAAAAAUGAAAUGUUGGUGAAAGACUUCCGGGAAUUGCGUGCUACAGUCGAGAGAAUGGGACUUCUGGAGCCAAACCAGCUCUUCUUCUUCCUGCUCCUGGCUCACAUCCUGUUCUUGGAUACAGCUGCCUGGCUCAUCCUCUUCUACUUUGGGACAUCCUUACUGCCCUUCGUUUUCUCCCUGCUGCUCCUGACCAUUUCCCAGGUCCAGGCUUCCUGGUUACAACAUGAUUUAGGACACCUCUCAGUAUUCAGGAAAACCAAGUGGAACCACUUGCUACACAAGUUUGUGAUGUGCCAUUUGAUUGGGGCCUCUGCCAAGUGGUGGACUCUCCUGCACUCCCAGCACCAUGCCAAACCCAACUGCUUCCACAAGGACCCUGACAUUGAUAUGCACCCUUUCCUCUUCACUUUGGGGAAGAAAUUCUCUGUGGAGCUUGGGAUCAAAAAGAAAAAAUACAUGCCCUACAACCACCAACACAAAUACUUCUUUAUCACUCUUCCUCCACUCCUGUUCCCCACCUACUUCCACUGCCACACAUUUUACAUUGCCUACACAAAGAAGUACUGGGCGGACUUGGCCUGGAUGCUGACCUUCUACAUCAGAUUCUUUUAUACUUAUGGAUCUUUAUUAGAAACAAAGAGUCUCCUGGCAUAUUAUUUUAUAUUCAGGAUGCUGGAGAGCAGCUGGUUUGUCUGGGUCUCACAGAUGAACCAUAUCCCAAUGGAUAUCGACUACGACAAGAAUUUGGACUGGGUGUCUACUCAGCUCCUGGCAACCUGCAACGUGGAGCAGUCGCUGUUCAAUGACUGGUUCACCGGGCACCUCAACUUCCAGAUUGAGCAUCACCUGUUCCCCUCCAUGCCACGGCACAACUACUGCAAGGUGGCCCCUCUGGUGAAGUCCCUGUGUGCCAAGCACGGCCUCGAGUACCAGUGCAAGCCUCUGCUCACAGCCUUUGCAGACAUUGUGCAUUCCCUGAAGACUUCAGGAGAGCUCUGGCACGAUGCCUACCUGCACAAAUAAAGGACAAGGCUUGGUGCUACCAUUCACAGCCUGCCACGGCUGCAUUCCCAGCAAGCUGAGGGGCAGGGACUACAAGGGACUCUAUGGCAGAAGAAAGUAAGGACUGAGGGAUAAAAUUCCAAUAGAGAUGAAAUUAUCUGAAUUUUUCUUCUGGGUUUUUCUGGGAUUAUGGUACAGAUAUGUUAAGAGUGGGCACGGCAAGCAGAAGGUGAAUUGUUAGGAAAGGGAGGAGCUCUUUGCUGAGUCUGAGCAUUUCUGAGCCUGGGCAUGGGCUCAAGUCAGAUCAUGGACUGGUGGAGUUGCAUACACAUAACUUCAUGUCAGAGGCCUCUGAUCAUGGGUUUUGGGUUUUUUUGUUUUCCUCAUGUGGAGGGUUUAGUGCUUGAUACAGCAUUUGCUUACUUGAAUUUGAAAUUGCAAAGGAUUUUGGAUUAACAUGGUGUUCCAGCAACAUGCUUAAACUACAGUAAAUUAGGAUAAACUACAAACACUUAGACUGUAGCAAGUGCACAUGCAGUGAAUAAAAACAUAAAUGUGUUUUCA